AUAUUGCGGAAAUAACUUGAAAUGUAAAGGUAUUGUGAAGCUUUUAUAUAGAGUACACCGACCAGGUCCCAAGACAGAUCAAAGAUAAAAAGAAAUUCAUGAAUGAAGAGGCAAGAGAAAUGGAAAGGACAAGUAAGGAAGAGGGGGAUUUCAGGCCCAGAAAAGUUGAGUGGUCAGAAGUCAGGUCUAGUGAGGUUGAGGGGUCAGAGGUCAGGCCUGGUGAAGUUGAGGGGUCAGAGGUCAGGCCCGGUGAAGUUGAGGGGUCAGAGGCCCUGCCAAUAAAACCCAGCAGUGCUAGCAGUACGAGUAUAGCCUCUAGUUACUUCAACAACAAAAUCCCCAUACCCGAGGAUGAAGAGCAUCCAGUGUUCAGCUUUAGAAAACUCUGGGCCUUCACUGGUCCAGGGUUCCUUAUGAGUAUUGCCUAUCUGGAUCCGGGAAAUAUCGAGUCAGAUCUCCGUUCCGGAUCUGUCGCUCAGUUCAAGUUGCUAUGGAUACUGAUGUCGGCCACGUUUCUGGGUCUUCUGAUGCAGAGGCUGUCGGCGCGCCUGGGGGUGGUGACAGGAAUGCACCUGGCUGAGGUCUGCUACAGAAGCUAUCCCAGGGUUCCACGCUUUGUGCUGUGGUUCAUGGUGGAAAUAGCUAUCAUUGGAUCAGAUAUGCAGGAAGUGAUUGGAACAGCUAUAGCAUUUUACCUGUUAUCCGAUGGAAAGAUACCUUUGUAUGCGGGCGUGCUGAUCACUAUCGCAGACACCUUUACCUUCCUUCUCCUGGACAAGUACGGUCUACGUAAACUAGAGGCUUUCUUUGCAUUCCUUAUCUUCAUCAUGGCUGUCACAUUUGGAUACGAGUAUGUAAUGGUUAAGCCUGAUCAGCCCGCCCUACUUAGGGGGAUGUUUAUUCCGUACUGUGAGGAUUGCGGGCCGGAGCAGGUUCUUCAGGCCGUGGGGAUUAUAGGAGCCAUCAUCAUGCCUCACAACAUCUACCUCCAUUCUGCCCUCGUCAAGUCUCGAGAUGUAGAUCGAUCUCGGAGGGAUCACGUCCGAGAAGCCAAUAAGUACUUUUUCGUGGAGGCAGCCAUUGCGUUGUUUGUAUCAUUCCUCAUUAAUGUGUUUGUGACUGCAGUAUUCGCUGAAGGAUUCUACGGGAAAAAUGUCACAGAAGUGUAUGACAACUGUUUAAAAGUUGGUAGCCCUCAUGCAUCCAUUUUCAAUACCACUAAACUGGAUGUUGAUAUAUUUCGAGGGGGCGUGUUUCUUGGUUGUCAGUUUGGGUUGGCAGCUAUGUAUAUUUGGGCUGUGGGAAUUCUAGCUGCAGGUCAAAGUUCAACAAUGACUGGAACCUACACAGGACAAUUUGUGAUGGAGGGUUUUCUGAAUCUCAAAUGGAAGCGCUGGAUGCGUGUGUUAUUUACUCGGAGCAUUGCGAUACUGCCUACCAUAUUUGUUGCUACAUUCUCCGGGAUUCAGGAUUUAACGGUGAUGAACGACAUGUUGAAUGUUUUGAUGAGCCUGCAGCUACCUUUUGCCCUCAUUCCGAUACUCACGUUCACAAGUUCCGAAAAUAUCAUGGGAGAGUUUAAGAAUGGAAGGUUUAUGUCCAUAUUCACGGGUGUGCUGGCUAUCGUUGUGAUAGGAAUAAACCUGUUCUUUAUAUCAGAGUACAUUCACGGGCUGCCUGACCAUUGGGCAGUUUAUCUAGCAGUGUCUACUCUAGUCCUUGUAUAUAUUAUUAUUAUCUUGUAUCUGAUUUGGUUUUGUUUAAUAACCAAUGGAAUCCAGUUCCUUGAAAGAAUACCUUGUUUUACCUUCCUGAAACCAAGAGACACUUCGUACAUUCUCACUGAGAGUGUGUCUGGCUCUAGAUUAGACUUGCAGGAAGACAUUCCUGACUUUGGGUCCACGUCCACUACUGCCGUCAACGAUGAAAGUUAAAGCUAACCAACGAAGAUCUUCCAGGUUUCUGCCUACACUUCAAUAAAGAAAUCAUGAACAACUUCAACUACUGUCAUCAUUAACCAAAGGGAGAUCUUCCAGAUUCUUUCUCCACUUCAAUAAUGAAAUCAUGAAGAACUUCAACUUCUGUCAUUAUUUACCAAGGAGGAUCUUCCAGUUUUCUGUCUCCACUUCAAUGAAGAAAUCAUGAAGAACUUUACCUACUGCCAAUCUGUCAUCAUUAACCAAUUUGAAAGGAGAUCUUCCAAAUUUUGUCUCCACAUUAAUGAAGAAAUCAGGAAGAACUUUUCCUUGGUUAUCAUAAACCAACGAAGAUCUUUCAGAUUAUUUCUAACAUCUUUUACAUCUUUUAUAAAUAGAUUAUUAUUAAUAAUUUAAAAUAGUUUGAUACUCUGUAUUUCUACAGUGAUCUCAAGACGGUGCUUAUUACAUCAACUAGAUAUAUAUAUGUUCAAUUGAUGAAGAUUAAGAUACUUAUUAUUUUUCACAUGAGGUUAAAAUCUGGGAUGUGUGUUAAUCAUCAUCCCUUUUAAACAAUAAUUGAAGCAAACGUUCAAUCCAAUUCAAUGAAUAAAAUAUAUUUUAAACUAAAAAUUAAAAGUGAUUUCUUAAACACUAGUUAAUUAGAUUGAUAAAAAAAAGUAUUUUCAGAAGAUACAAAUGAAGGUAAUUUUAUGUAUAUUUUUUGAAGAUACAAAUGAACUUUUAAGUUAAUUUAAUGUAUCAAAUAUAUUAGGUAUAUGUCUUUUCAGACAACUCAUAAUUAGGAACAAAUGAAAUUGUAAAAUACUCUAAGUGAUAUUUUUUCACAUUUACAUGGAAUCAUACGUUCUGUUCAAUAUGCAGGUAGAGAAACUCCUGGAUUACUCUUGUAUGUCUUCAAUGUACUUUAAGAUGGUUGGUCCAAAUUUCUAUGGAACAUUUGAUUAUUACCGCUUGCAUAUUGGAAAUGAAUUCUACGCAGAAAAAAAAAUAUAUCUAGUGCAUCAGUGGAUUAGAGUUGCAUAUUUAUCUGUUUAUCAAAUUUCAUUUGUUUCAAAGAAAUAAGUUACAGUGUAUUUAUUAGUUUUUUAUGAUAUUGUCAUUUACAACUAUUUUUCAUAAUCAUAAUGGUCGUAUGGACAUUUGUUAAACUUAAUUAGUCUUUAAUGGUGAGCUUUUUUAUACAUGUAUAUUCAAUCCAAAUAGAGACUAUCAAAGUCAGUAAAGGAUAAAAGUAAGGAUAAGAUAUGUACAGUAAAACUCGGUUAUAACGAAGUCACUGGGACUUCUUAAAUUACUUCGCUAUAUCUGUAAUUCGUUAUAUCCGUUUAAGAAAUUCGUUAAAUUGAUACAUCUGGGGAUCCAAGACAACUUCGCUAUAUCCGUGAAUUCGCAAUAUCUGUGUUCGUACCAACCGAGUUUUACUGUAUAUCAUAAAAGAAAGUUGACAGGUGGCGGUACUUAUUACAUUUUAAAUUAAGGAUACAUUGUGUUAACUUUUUCUUGUAUAUGUAUGAAAAGUCAAUUGCAUUUUGUUUUGUGGCAUUUAUUAAUAAGUCUGUUGAAAUUCAUGCUUUGUUUAGACUGAAUCUUCUUUUUCAACUUUAAUAAACAUAAUCGGCCAAUUUAUUUAAGAUGGUGGUACUUACAUUUCAAAUUUAGGAUACAUUGUUUUAA